AUGGCCGACGGCCUCAACCAAGCGCGAGCAAUGCGCGUCGCGGAGAUCAUGACCGACUACCGCAACAUCCAGACCUACAUCGCUUCCGUCCGCGCCAACCCAUCAUCAGAAGAGUACAACGAGGAUGGCUACGUCUUGCUGCGGAGAUGUGUGGCAGAAGCGCAGGCUCUUCUAUCGCAACCUUUCAAUGCUCAGACUAGCUCGACGGGAGAUGACGAGCAGACCAAGUCACAACUCAGACGCAUCAUCAUCGACGCCUCACUCCGACGCUUCAAAGUCCAGCGCAUCUACCUCCGCAUAACAGCAGCGCUCCGAUGGAUCAACUCCCGCUCUACGAUCCUGCAAGGCAAUAAGCCUUGCGCAAGACACGUGCCCGCUCUGCAGCAGAUCGGAAGUGCUCUCCGCACGGAGGUGGCCUCUGUCACGGAUCAGCGCGUCGAGCUCUCGCUGCGGUCUGCUGAUGUGCAGCAGGGUAAGUGGUUGGCUGAGGACCCGAGUCUGGCGACUUUGCAGCGGAUGGGCGGUGGGAGCGGGAGUGGACGGUGA